CGCUCUUUCCGCUCCGCUCGUUGGUGGCGAGGUCGCCGAGCCGGUUGCCCGGGAGGACUUGGCCGCGGACCCGCCGCGCGGUCACACUCCCGCGUGGCCUUUGUCAGCGAGCUUCCAGUGAGCAGAAGCAGCUCGUGUCCCAGUGAUUGGGCGACUGGGGCAGGCUGUGUCCUCGAGCCCGCACCACUGGCCCAGGACGGUCGAGUUGGAGCCCGGUGAUGCCUGAGUUUCUUGCUUCUGGAGUCGAACUGGGAUUUUCUGGAAGUUCCGCUCCAAGUACACGGUGCACGUCAGAUCAUUUUCAAAAAAGCCGUGUGGAGGUUAUGGAUGAUAAGCCCGGUCCUGGACCGCUGAGUGAGACUUCAGAAUUUCUCUUCUCCUUUGGAGUUAUAGCAGAUAUUCAGUAUGCUGACUUAGAAGAUGGCUAUAAUUUCCAAGGAAACAGACGGCGAUACUACAGACACAGUCUGCUCCACUUACAAGGUGCUAUCGAGCACUGGAAUACAGAAGGCAGCCCGCCCCGCUGUGUACUUCAGCUUGGAGACAUCAUUGACGGAUAUAACGCGCAGUAUAAAGCCUCUGAAAAGUCGCUGGAACUUGUUAUGAACACAUUCCAGAUGCUUAAAGUUCCCGUUCAUCAUACAUGGGGGAACCAUGAGUUCUAUAACUUCAGCAGAAACUACUUAACAAAUUCUAAACUUAACACAAAGUUUCUGGAAGACCAGAUUGUGCACCAUCCCGAGACCGUGCCUUCAGAGAACUACUAUGCUUAUCAUUUUGUACCGUUCCCUCAAUUCCGGUUCAUUUUACUGGAUGCUUACGACUUGAGCGUCUUGGGCGUGGAUCAGUCCUCUGCAAAAUACCAGCAGUGUCUGAAGAUACUGAAGGGUCACAAUCCAAACUCGGAAUUGAAUAGUCCUCAAGGACUGUCUGAGCCCCAGUUUGUCCAGUUCAAUGGAGGAUUCAGCCAAGAGCAGCUGAACUGGUUGAACGAAGUCCUCACCUUCUCGGACACAAACCAGGAAAAGGUGGUGAUUGUGAGCCAUUGUCACCAAAUAUGAAAACUACAUCUUACAAGGUGAGCGUUCUCAGAACUGCUUGGUGACGUCAGCUUGAAUUGUUGCCCAGGCUGUAUGGACACUCAGGUAAUGAUCGCAUCUCAUAGCUAGAAUAUCAGGCGCGUGGAGGAGUCACUGAGGUGGGUCCUCCUUUUCAUGAAACAGAUCACACGCGGUGGGGUUCACCCUGGGAGGACAUUUCAGAAUAUCCCAAGGAUCCCAAGGGUCUCUGUUGGGAGAUCCUUAAAAUGGUCUUCGUGAGGAUGCAUAAUUCUGUAACAAAAAGAUUCCAGUUGGGUUUUCCGUGAUGGAAAACACCUCUUUCUAGCCAUAUGGACGUUGUUAUAAUGGUACAGUCACUCAACAGGUUCUGGUCCGGUAUACCCACCAGUGACAAGUAUUUGGGGUCUCGUGACAGUUGUGGGGGAAAUUUAGGGGUGGUGGCAGUGUAUCCAUGUUGGGUCUGAGAAUAAAGGGACUAGAGUUCUAAUGCCAGUUCUCUUGUCACUGGCUUACGAGCCUUUGUCCACGCUUUCCCUCAUUAAGCCUCAGUUUCUCCAUCUGUGAAGUAGGUGGGAUUCCGAAAGGCUGAGCUCCUGCCCAGAGCUGGUGGUGUAGACAUCGCCGUUAGUAAAACACAGAAACGCUUCUGUAAGACUGGGGGUUAUCUACCACCCAAAGCCCUCCAGCCCAUGGCCUGUCCAUUGCUCUGCUGUGGGUUCCCUCACCUGGAUCUCCCCAUCAUGCGUCCAGUAAGGUUUAAUAUCCGGUCCAGUGGGGCCUCCUGACAUGGCACAUCAUUGUCAGGGUCUUGUCUUUUCUUU